ACAGACCUCAGGUAGGAGCCACAUUACUGCAUAGACUACUUAAUCCCUCAGGGAUGAGACGGUAUUGGUAAUCUGACAAACUAAACUAAGUUUAACUUGCUUGAACGUCUCUUGUUAACACUAAGUAGUUAAAAUGUUACCAGAUGUGACAUAAAGCCCACUAAAUAGGUUCAUUUUUGAAAAUGCAGAUCAAAGGCUCUUGUUUUAUUAAGUGGGUUUAUAUCGACCUUUGAUUAUUCCACUAUAUGUGUUCUUACUAGGGCUGUGAGUUUAUCAACAAAUCAAGUUUGAACAAAUUUAAAAUUACCUGUAAUUCGUUCGAAUAAAUUUGAACACCCCAACAAAACAUUGCAAUGCAUAACCAGCGAUAUAGUACAAUAUUCUAGAGCCAAACCCAUACCAAUUUAUGUUGUCAACCUAAAACCACCAGUUUUUUUUCCUUCAUAUAGUGCAUAGGGUCUAAGAUUUGAUACAUUGGUCAAAGAGUGCUCACUCACAUGCACACAUGCUUUUUGUGUUUUAGCUGUUAUCUGGUCCUGUGGAUACAUCUCCAAUGGAAGAUAAGAUCAACUGCAACAGCAGCAGUCCAGGGGCAAAUACCAGCCACUUUUCAUCUUUCAAUUGUCGAAUGGCAAAACUGAGAAGGCACCAUGAGGAAUGCUUCAAUCGACAUAAAAUUGCAGAGGAGCAGCGAAAUGCUAAAGAUAGACAACAUACCACGAUUCUGUUAAAGCGUGCACGGCAGGCUCAGAAACCGGCAGAACUGGAUGCUCUUCUGACUUCACAAUCUCCCUUGGAUGAUGCCAUUGAGGAGGAGCAUGAUGGUAUUCAAACACUAGCCUCAUCAGACUCUUCAUCGACGGAUGAAUCAACAAUGGCCAGUGAUCUAGUGGACAGUGGAGAGCCAGCAGCAGCAACAACAAAGGCCCCUAGGUAUAAGGAAAAAUCCCCUGAUUCAUCCGAUAACACAGACUAUAAUGACUCAGACUACGCUCCGGACUCUGAAGGAAGUUCCUCUGAGCUUGAUGAGGACAUAGAACUCCAUCCAGUUGCAAAAAAGCCUCUGCUGUCUCUACGAUAUCCCCUUUUAUCUUCAACAAGCCAAGCCAUUGAUUCUGAAACUCCCGUAAAAAAACCCACCACAGACAGCCCUAAGAAAAGGAACUCCAACACUCCAAGGAAGAGAAAGAGGUCAUCUCCUCAUUCGGAGAAGAGCAACUCGAACACUCCAAAGAAAAGCAGAAUCCAACAUCUUUCGGACUCAAUCAAAGUAUUCCCUCCCUCAAAGUCUCAAAGUCGUCGAGUAUAUAACAAAAGACACUACUGUCUCUAUUGCCUCAAGCCUUUUUCAAAAAUUGCACGACACCUGGAAGCUGUGCACGGAAAUGUAGAAGAGGUUGCCAGAGCAUUUCUAUAUCCGAAGAACUCAAAAGAGAGACGCAAUGCGUUAAAUAUUCUGAGACGGCGUGGAAACUUUGCCUAUAAUGCUUGUGUUGUAAGUAAGGGAGCUGGAGAGCUCCAGGCCUGCUACAGACCUCGAAAAGCUAGAUCUGCUUUUGAUUUUAUUCAUUGUUUUCAUUGUCAAGGACUCUAUGCCAAGAGGACUCUGUGGAAGCACAUGAAAAUCUGUCCAGCCCGGGGAGAAACCGAUGAUGAAUCCAGGACUGGGAAGCAGCGAGUUCGAUCCAAAUGUGCCCUUAAAACUGCUGUUGUUCAUGAGAUUAGUGAGGGCUUGAAGAGUGUGAUUUCCUGCAUGACCUAUGAUGAGGUCACUCGGACGAUCCAAAAUGACAAACUUCUACUGCAGUUUGGACAACACCUCUUUGAUCUAAACGGGUCAAGAAAGAACAGACAUGACUUAAUAAGACAAAGACUUCGAGAACUUGGGCGACUGUUAGUAGUUGCUCAGAAGAAAACUUCUAUUCGGAAAGCAGAGGAACUCAUCUACCCAUCCAACUUCAGCAGUGUGAUAUCUGCAGUGAAAGAGUUGGCUGGGUACAACCCAGAGAACAACACAUUUCUCACACCUUCCUUAGCCCUAAAAGUUGGCCACAGUCUGGGUGUACUUUGCGAGCUAGUAGAGACUGAUAAUUUGUCCACAGUCAACAGAGACAACACCCUGGUGGAAUAUGCUCGUGAAUUCAAGACCAUUAAAAGUUUCAGAUGGAAGGCACUGAUAACCAGAGGCGCAACAACCACUAUGAAAGAGCUGAAGUGGAAUGCACCUCCAAUUUUACCUUUCACUGAAGACGUCAAAUGUUUGGACUCUCACAUGGAGAAGGUUAAAGAUGUUGCUGAAAAAAUGAUGAAACUCUCUCCCUCUGCAAACAGCUAUGCAACACUUGCCAAAGUGACGUUGGCACAGGUGAUCAUUUUCAACAGAAGAAGAGAAGGAGAGGUGUCCAGGAUGGAGUUUGCCACUUUCAUGGCGAGGAAAAAGUCAGAACUCAACAAGGACAUGGAGGCCUGUCUCACCCCUCUUGAGAAGAAGAUGUGUGAUUUCUUCACCAGAGUCGAAAUCCGGGGAAAACGAGGAAGAGCAGUCCCUGUGCUGCUAAAGCCAUCAAUGCUCUCAGCCAUGGAGCUCCUAGCUCAAACUCGUGAGUUGUGUGGAGUCCUCAAAGAGAACUUUUACAUGUUUGCUAGACCAGGUGCUUUGUCUGCUUACAGAGGGGGAGAAUGCAUCCAAAAGUUUGCAAGGGAGAGUGGUGCUAAAAAUCCAGAGGUCUUAACAUCAACAAGGCUGCGAAAGCACAUCGCUACAAUGUCACAGGUACUCAAUCUUCAAGAAAAUGAAUCAGACCAACUUGCAGACUUUCUGGGUCACGACAUUCGUGUGCACAGGCAGUAUUACCGCCUGCCACAGGGAACACUACAGCUCGCCAAAAUGAGCAAAGUGCUUUUGGCGGUGGAGAAGGGGACCCUCUCAAAGUAUAAAGGUCAAGCCCUUGACGACAUUGAGAUUGACCCUGAAGAAAGAGUUGAGUGUUCACAAGAACCAGACGUAUCAAGUGAUGAGGAUGAGCCUGCCACCGCCAACUCAGCCACGGACACCACAGCUGAAGACGAUCAUGAGGCAGAGGUGACAUCUGCCCUUCUCCCCACUUCUUCUGAUGCCACUCUCAAUCAAGAUAGAGAUAACUCUAAACGUAAGUGGGAUGACAGUGAGGUGCGUGCUGUUGAAAGACACAUGAUGCGCUUCAUACACGCUUGCAAGGUACCGCAGAAGAUUGACUGUCUUCGGUGUAUCAAUGCAGAGCCCUAUGCACUGAGAGACCGCAACUGGACUGGUGUAAAAAAUUACGUCAGAAAUCGAAUCACUGCCUUGAAGAGAAAGGCUUGUGCUAAACAAUAAGAACAUUUUAUGUUGCUUUUCAGAUCAUUGUUAAGUUCAUAUUUCUCUUUUGGAAGUAAUAGACUCAGCUUGUUACUGAGCUAAUGGACAAAAUCUUGAACUCUUCUGUUGUUAAAGUGUACCCUGGUAAAGUAUACUUGUUUGAUGUAUACUGUAAGUUGAAGCAUACCUGUUAUUUGAACCUGUUUCGGUUUACAGAAUAGUAGCACUUUGAGACUGGCCCUUCCUGUUACUUAAAUGGCCAAUUAUGUAGCCAUUAGUAUGUUUCUAAUGGCAUUAAUAUGUUGUAUGCCACAGAAAUUGUUGCUCUGAGCUUCGUAGUCAACUAACGACUGUACUGUCAGUCUGUCACUGUCAGCCAAGUUCUUGACUCCUAUGGAAAAUCUGUAAUUUUAGAAGACUUUCCAUUUCCUCUGUUGGGCUCUGGUACAUGAUGUUCAUGCAUUGUGUUAGUAAAACACAUUUUGACAGCAUA